AGCAGCGAGGAUGAGGGCGCCAAGGGCAGCAGCCGGCGACGAGGGUGACGCUGACACCUUCAGCGAGGAGCCGGAAAUUACAACGGCUGCCGCAGAUGUAGCCACGCAUGGAUCUGAAGUCAAGGAAGUGGAGGCGUCAGAGCCAACCACUAUGACUGAUGAGGUGACAAGUAUGGAGGACGAGGGUGAGCCGACCAAGAGUACGGGGGAGAUGAUCAAGGAGGAAAUGGACCACCUGGCCGAGUCUGCAGCAGAGAAGCUCGGGAUGCCCGUCGAGGGCGUCAUCGCCAUUCUUAUUGGCAUAGCGUUGCUGAUCCUGAUCAUUUGCCUCUGCUGCAUUCGCCGCUUCUUCAAGAAGAGGCGGACAAAGAAAGCCAAAGGCGGCACUGACAUGAAGUCCGUACUCGGGUCUGCCUACAAAGACAAGGCUGACAUGGAAGAACUCACUGAGAAUGCCGAAGACAUCGCCGAGGAAGGAGAGAGCAAGAAGAGCGACGAAAAGCUCGGCAGAAUCCAGUACAAGCUUGAGUACGACUUCAACUCGAACAGUCUUAGCGUGACUGUGAUCCAGUGCGAAGAUCUGCCGGCGCUCGACAUGGGAGGCACAUCGGAUCCUUACGUCAAGGUCUAUCUUCUACCGGACAAGAAGAAAAAGCACGAGACGAAAGUGCACCGCAAGACCCUGAACCCUGUCUUCAAUGAGAUCUUCACGUUUAAGCAGGUGCCAUACGCCGACAUCAUGGCCAAGACUCUGGUGUUCGGCAUCUAUGACUUUGACAGGUUCUCUAAACAUGACCAAAUCGGCGAGGUCAAAAUCCCGCUCUGUCAGAUCGAUCUUGCGCAGACCAUCGAGGAGUGGAGGGAACUGCAGAGCGUUGAAGGCGAUGGAGGCCAAGACGGAAAGUUGGGAGACAUUUGUUUCUCGCUGCGCUACGUACCCACGGCGGGCAAGCUCACCGUCGUCAUCCUGGAGGCUAAGAACCUCAAGAAGAUGGACGUCGGUGGUCUCUCUGAUCCGUAUGUGAAGAUCUGCCUCAUCCAGAAUGGCAAGCGGCUAAAGAAGAAGAAAACCAGCAUCAAGAAGUGUACGCUGAAUCCUUACUACAAUGAGUCUUUCUCAUUUGAAAUUCCCUUCGAACAAGUGCCCAAAGUGAACCUGCAAGUGACAGUGGUUGACUACGAUCGUAUCGGCACCUCGGAGCCCAUCGGCAGAGUGUGUCUCGGCAUGAACGCCAGCGGCACAGAGCUGCGCCACUGGUCUGACAUGCUGGCCUCUCCGCGCCGCCCCAUCGCCCAGUGGCACACCCUGAAGGAUCCUGAAGAAGCUGAUGCCAUCCUCAACUUGAAGUAGAGAUGCGGCGCCAACGGAGCUAUACUGCGGAAAAUCUCAAUGUAAUUUUUCUUCAACUUCAAACGUUCAGAAUAGCUGAAGCCUCUUUUUUUUCAAAUCUAACAACGGGAGAUCGUGAAACUUGUCAAUGACUGCGAAAACCGAGGAAUACUCAGGAUGACUUGCCGUAAGUCAAAUUAGAUCGCGAUCGUCUUGGAGGAUUGUGUUGAAAUUUGUGUCAAACGAACGCAAAUUAACAAUUGAACUACAAUUCAGGUCAAAAAGAAGGAUCGCCUUUAAAAAAUAUGACUCAGCAAUGGCAUCAUUUAGCAGGAGUUGUCAUUGAAGCAAAAAAGCAUCUUCGUAGUCAUGCAUCAAUUCCAUCAACUCCUCCUUCUAUGUUUGAGGAUUGAUUGCAUCACGCUGUAUUUUUCUGCCGGCCUCAAUUAAAUUCGAAUAAAUAUUAACUCAUUAUUGAGGAAUCUCCAUGUUUUUAGAAGUUGGUGUUACCCAAGAGCGAUAUGGGGAAAAUCACGGAAGGGUUCGCACGUGAGAUCAAUACGUUGGUCUUCACCAGUCGUGUCGCAGGACUCUCUGAGCGAUCGGUGCUGUAAGAACGUGCAUGCACCCCGAACCUACUCAGUCAUCCCAGUUCUCUAUUACUUCAUUAAGCCGGCAUAACGGUGAACGUUAGUUGGCGGUUCAAUUUAGCACGUAAAAAUAACCAGGAGUUAGGUAACUACAUUGUUAUUUCAUACCAUAUCAGUUAAUAAUAAACCGUGGAAUAAUGGAUUUAUUCGGUAGAUUAGCAAUUGAAAUUAUGGCGUUAUGCAGUAAUAGUUGACGAAUGUGACUGCUAACUGAAAUUCAAUCUCGGGAUGAAAGGCUACAUGAUUACGAAUGGUUUUCAUGGGUUUCAAGAAGUGUCUUUCAUGGUUUUCAUGGUUAUUUUCGUGGUUUUCAUGGUUAAGUGUCUCACAGGAACGGCACUUCAAAAUGCCACUGCAGAUCGUUAUCUGCUAUUCGGCUCUUUUUUGAAAAUUGUUCAAGUUCCUGGCAGUUCGUCAAACGUAUAAUUUUUUUUCACAUAAUUUAGUUCACUCCUCAACAGAAAUGUUGCACACGUAAAAGCAUCUCGAAUGCAGUAUUCAUUAAAUUCAAGAGACCGCGUCUAUUCGAUUCUAACAUAACGAUUAUCACCGUGUGUAUUAAUAUAGUGAAAUUCUGGAAAGAAGCACUGAACUAAAAAAAAGCCUUUUGCAACUGCAUGAAGUUAUACUCCCUUCCAUUAAUAGAGUGUUUACCCGUAUCCUCCGUACUACUACUAUUACUAAUAUUAUUAUAUAUGUGUGUAACGGUGACAAGUUCAACUCGAGUCAGUGCUCUUUCCUCUAUUAGUUUAAAUCAUCUAUAGUGAGAUAGAUCAUGAUAGAAGUGAGACGAGCAUGGCAAUUCCUUGCUCCCUAUUCUUUGUAAAUAAUAUAAAGUACUAAGUUCACGGUUUCUAUAGAAUAGCAUUACGAGAAUUAAAGAAGUUCUUGCGUGCA